AUGAGGAACACAGGACGACUUGUAGAGGUGCUGCUGCUCCUGUGCUCAGCAGACCUGCUUCUCAGCGGGCAGCAGCCUGUCAGCGUGAGGAGAUGCUGCCUGCAGCUACGGGGAGGGUUCAAGCGAGGUUGGAAGGGGCGUGACCCAGUGCUGAAGAAAGAUUACAGGCCCGAAGUCUCACUCACCAAGAGGAUACAGAAGGAGCAAGAUGAAAUCGAGUACUAUCACGAGUACGUCCACAAGUCCAAGCAGGCUGACCGUCUGAGAGAGCAGAUGAUGUCUCUCGGUAGUGAUCUCCUCAAAUUUCCCAGUCACAACGCAAGCUCAGCAGACAGCCAGACCGCUGAAGCUCGAGCGCUGUACCUGAGCACCCUCCAGAGCCUUGUUGGGCAUCAGUUUGGGAACAACCAGCAUGGGGCUGAGGCAAAGAGCGCACUGAGCAAGAGGCAAGAGGAGCUGAUGCAGGAGCCGACGAUACAGCGCAAGAGGCACUACAAGGAGGAGGAAGCGAGCUCUCACAAGAGAAAGAGGUUGCAGUAUCGGGUCGAGAAUUCAAGUCGUACAAGGGAGGUCGAAGGCCCGGAGACGAGGUUGUUGGACUUUGUGGAGCCUGCGAAGCAGCCUACGGUGACAGCUGUGGUUCGCGUUAGCGAGGAGACGCUCAAAGAAAUCACAUCCCAAGCUGCCGCUGGAUCCCUCAGUGCUCAGGUAGAGCUGGGGGAGAUGUACGUGAAUGGAUCCCUUCCCAGCGACCCGAUGAAGGCGGUGGCAUGUUUUAUGACGGGUGUGGAUGAGCGUCAUCCUCCUGCUCUGCACAACAUGGCAAAGUGUCUGGCUCGAGGCAUUGGAGUCGAUGUCGAUGAGAAGAAAGCCUUUCAGUUGUGGUAUGAAGCUUGCGACCUUGGGUAUUCAGUUUCCUAUUAUGAACUUGGAUAUUGUUAUCUUCGAGGUAUCGGCGUUCCCAAGGAUGAGGAGCUUGCGUUAGAUUCUUUCAAGAAGGGAGGAGACCUGGGAGAUCCUCGCUGUGUGUAUAACGCGGGUGUGAUGAUCUUCAUGGGGUGGGGCCAUGGGACGUCAGACCACAAAGAAUCUCUCCGAUGGCUCAAGAGAGCUGCAAGCUUCGGCCUUCCUCAUGCGCAGUUCCUGUACGCCAUGUUGGGGAUGAAGUCAGGGGAACGUUCCCUUAGAAAUCCGAUGUUCCCUUCCUCGGAAGUCCAAGACAACAUGGACAACUCGACAAGCGACUUGUUUCUCGAUUUAUCUGGGUCCAUCAAACUCUUGCGGAGAGCAGCCCUGCAGGGACACCUCGAGGCCAUGAACCACCUCGCGCUCGCGUACGCGCAAGGCACUCCUCCACCCAAGAAGCCUCUGAGAGCGAUGAGAUGGUGGAAGAAGGCAGCAAGAAUGGGGAGCACAACGGCCAUGUGCAACCUUGUCAAAGGACACUUUGAGAAUCACUUUGGGGAGAGUUCGAGCAUCGGCACGGGGGUGAAGUUGUGCAAGAAGGCAGCAAAGCUCAAGAACCCGAGCGCGAUCUUCAUGUUGUCAGGGCUCUAUCGGACAGGUGUCAAGGGAUACAUCAAGAAGGACGAGCAAGUUUCUGUGCGACUGCUCAAGAGAUCUGCAAGUCUUGGACACUCGAUGUCUCUGUAUGCGCUCGGAAAGGCAUGUUGCAAGGGAGCUGGAACAGAGAUUGAUUACAAGAGAGGAUUCAGGAGUUAUAUGAAAGCGGCAAGAGAAGGUUUCAUACCGGCAAUGUUCCAGGUAUCCAAGUGUUAUUCCAUUGGCAUGGGAGUAGAGCUCAAUGACAUCGACAGCGACAAAUGGUUGCAGCGAGCUCUGUUUCAUUCGCAGAAAAGCUCCAAGCUCGAGAACAGGGUUUGCCUCAUUGCUGACCUGUGCAUCUCUGUGAUUGUUUUCUUUCCUUGA